AUUUGUUUCUGAAUAGUAAGUGGAGGUAUUCCAUCUGCAGUAAAUGGAUAUUUGCUGAUAAAGUCAAGCACAGAGAGACUUAAAAAAGGUGUCUAGAGGUGGAAGAAUGUGGCUCAAAAGUCAGAUCUUGCUCUUAUAUUGCAUUGCAAGUGAAGUUUGGAUGGCAAAGCAGCUUGACUCUAGAAGAAAUUUGCCCCAGGGACUUUACUCUGUUGAAGAUGGUGGUUCUUCAGGGUGGGACAGGCUGAAAAGGAGUCUGUAUCAAGGAAAGUCCUGCAGGAUACGAGGCUGCUGCACAGGAAGAAACGAUGACUGCAGCUUUAACAUUGCCUCCAGAGCAGCUAUAUGUUACUGUGACCAGUUCUGUGCCACAGGUCCUCCUGGCCCUGUGGACUGUUGUGCUGACUACUGGGAUGUCUGUGACAACACUGUUGAGCCCACCAGGUCAGAUGAGCCUUGGCCACCUCCAACAUCAGGUUGUUAUAAAGAUGGCCGAUAUUAUGGAGAAGGAACAAUAAUUAAAGACAACUGCAAUUCAUGCAAAUGCUUCCAAAGUAACUGGAAAUGUUCAAAUGAAGUAUGUCUUGUUCGCCCAGACUUGAUUCAGAACAUCAAUUCUGGAGAUUAUGGAUGGAAAGCUGACAACUAUAGUCAAUUCUGGGGAAUGACACUGGAAGAAGGCUUCAAAAAGCGGCUGGGCACAUUACCUCCAUCUCAUUCUUUGCUGAAUAUGAAAGAAACUCCAGGAAGUUCACCUCCGGAAGGAAAAUUUCCUGAGUUUUUUGCAGCCACUUAUGCAUGGCCCGAGUGGAUUCAUGAUCCUUUGGAUCAACGAAAUUGUGGAGCAUCCUGGGCUUUUUCAACUGCAAGUGUUGCAGCAGAUAGAAUAGCAAUUCAUUCUGAUGGUCAGAUCACAGACAACCUUUCUGUUCAGAACUUGAUUUCUUGUGAUACCAAGAAUCAGCAUGGAUGUAAUGGUGGAAGUAUUGAUGGUGCUUGGAGAUAUCUGAAAACACAUGGGGUUGUAUCUUAUGCUUGUUAUCCAUCAUUUUGGAAGCAUCACUUGGAUCCACCAGGUGAAAAUCACUGUUAUGUGUCAAGCGAAUAUGGACAAAACUAUACAAAUGGGCCAUGCCCCAAUGAUUUAGAAGAAUCCAAUCGGCUAUACCGCUGUGGCUCUCACUACAGGGUCUCCUCAAAAGAAACCGAUAUAAUGGAAGAAAUCAUGGACAAAGGACCAGUGCAAGCUAUAAUGAAAGUGUAUGAAGAUUUUUUCCUUUACAAAGAAGGGAUCUACAGACACUCCUACAAAGCAGGUUCCAAAUGGAAAACGCAUUCAGUCAAACUCCUUGGGUGGGGUUCAUUACCUGACAAAAAUGGACAGAAACAGAAAUUCUGGAUUGCUGCAAAUUCCUGGGGAAAAUCUUGGGGAGAAAAUGGCUAUUUUAGGAUUCUACGUGGACAAAAUGAGUGUGAUAUUGAGAAGCUGAUUUUAACUACUUUGGGAUAGCCAUAGUCUUCUACCCUAAAGCAUUAUACUAUAUGCUGCUUUAUGUAUCUAUUCUUUUCAUUGUUGCAUAUAGAGUCUUUCUAGAGAAAUAAAAAAUUCUUCUCUGUAAAUUAUCUUGCUUUCUAUUAUGGGUUGUUAGGGCUUCCUGACUUGAACACACUGCAGCUAUCAUAACACUGUUACAAUCUCACCUUGCACAAAGACUCCUCUAUACAAAUAACAAACUGUCUCCAAGACUACUGAAAACCUUGGUGUCUCACAGAGCAGGAAGUUCCCUCACCUGUUAUUUACAUCUCACCACUAUAUUGUUAUAUUAAUAAUGGCUGAUUCAACAGUGCUUGAAAAAUGGGGCUACAUUGUUAGUAUUAAUCUCUUUAUGUUGCAUACUGUGGUCACAAAUCCUUUUAGAAAUAUGAUGUUCUCUUCCACACAGAAUUGCCUCAGAUAGCUCAUGGUCAUGGUAGAUUAAAAAAAAAAAAAAUCACUAGAAUUCUCAUCCUGUUAGAGGACAAAUGUUGCUUAUCCUAGAUUACAUUAAUUGUAUGUAUGUAUUAUUUUCUCUUCCUGGAAAGUAAUGUUUUACUAGCAGAUUCCAUAAAGUUGAUGUAUUUAGAGUAAUAUAAAAAUAGCUUGUGAUGAAACAGUAUAUUCCCAUUACCACAACCACAAUUAAAGAUGUACAUUUUAGUAGUUUAAUUGAAUG